GCCAUCUUUGUGCUAUUCCGUUUAUGUUGAUUUUAAGCUCGGCACUUUCCGUCACCUCUCGUAGCACUUCGUUGGUGUUGAUGUUGAGCUCGCCGCCUCACCCAGACUGCUUUAUGUCUGGCAGCAGGGACCAUGCGCGGUCGCCAUAUUACGGAGCACCCCUCCUCUCCAGUACCGUCACAGCAGCCAAGCAGGAGACGCUACCGCUGGGGGAGAAGACCGGUGAUACAGCAAAACUAAAACGAGGAUUCGCUGGCAUGGAUGUAACCUUUGCACUCUGCUGUUAAGUGACCCCGUCGCUUUCGCAUCAUUGUACUUGGUUGAAAAGAUUGACUUGUUCAAUUCUGAUCCCUCCGAGUUAAUUCAGCUUUUAAGACUCGCUCACUGUAGACUGCUAACCGGUGAUGGAGACUGGCAGCUAGCUCCAGCUAGUAGUUAAUAAACAAUAACUUACUCAGUAGCUGCUUCGCUUUGAGUGCUGUAUUCACCGAGAGACGAGAUAUAGUAACAAAACAUCGGGAUGUAUGCUUGUGUUUAACAAAGACGCAGUCUGAUAAUCAACCGGUGAACUACGACUGGCAUCAGCUGACAUUAGCUCGCUAGCUGCUGAGCAGGCGGCCACUAGCUGCAGUUGGAUCGCUAACUGACUCGGGGAAAUUUGCAUGAGAGGUGGUUAAUAUCACCCCUGCUUUGCCUGGAAUCUAAGGACAGAUUUAGAUUUGUUCUGUUGUUUUCAACUGGGUUGUUUGUUCACCGUAGUCUCGGCAAAACGGCGCCGUUAACGAGCUGCAACCUUAUUACCUACUGUCAGAGACCAACUACCGCCCGGAUUCAGUCGGAAUGCAUCAUCCGGACCCCGCAGGAGACUCUGGCAGCGUCAGAAAGAUGUCGCAUCCGGCUGUCUUCCAUAGGAGGGGCAGCAACACGAGCAGCGGGAGCGGCUCCGCGCUGUCAACGACCGCCAACCCGGCGGUGGUCAACAACAGCCACGUUUCAGCCGAUGACUACCAGCCCUCCCUGUUGAUUCAACCUCCUGCUGCGUCGUCCUCCCCGGGCCCCCAUCACCCUCCUCCACACAGCUUGAACCUUCAGCCCCAGCCCGUGCAGCCUACUGGAGCUCAUAUUAAAAAGAAGAGUGGUUUCCAGAUCACAAGUGUGACUCCGGCGCAGAUACCGGAUAAUACCAAUAACAGUAUUGCAGAGGACACGGAAAGUUAUGAUGACUUGGAUGAGUCUCAUACGGAGGAUCUGUCGUCUUCUGAAAUUUUGGAUGUAUCUCUCUCACGGGCAAAUGAUGUAGUCGGAGCGGAGAGAAGCUCCUCGGAGGAGACCCUAAAUAACUUCCACGAGGCGGAGACCCCGGGGGCCGUUUCUCCCAACCAGCCUUCUCAUCCCCAUGCCUUGACCCAGGCACAGCAGCGUGGUGGGGCCAUUGUAAAUGGGACUAUGCAUCAUCAACACCCUCAUCAUAUUAACCAUGCUCAGAACUACCCUUUAACUUCUCUGACCCAGAAAAUGCCUUCUAACGUGGGUGGCCCUCAAGAGAAUGUUUCCCAUGCUGCCCCUCCGAGUAUCGUUUCCCAGCCUGCGGGGAUUGCACCCCCAGGAUCUAUCCCUGGAAUGCACAGCUCUGCAACAGGAACUACAGUUAUUGUUAAUCCCCAGACCAGCAGUGUUAGUAAUGUGAAUAUGUUGAGCUCUGCCAAUGUGCCUGUCAGAGGGGGAAUCGGCACGGGUGCAAGCAGCAGUGGUGGUGGUAGUGGCUUUCCUCCUAAUGUGAAGAGCAGCGCUGGAGGAAGCAGUACUAGUGGUGGGGGUGUUGCUGUUCUAACUGGAGGUAGCCAUAGCUCUGCUGCUAAUGUCAACAUGAUCCAGCAGCAGCAAAACAUCAACUGCAUGAAUGCUAUAACUGCUGCUGCGGUCAAUGCCUCCGGAGGCAUGGGAGUCCCCAGCGGGAUCCAGGGAAGAGUUGGAUCAGCUGUGAGUGCUCCUGCAGCGGCUGUGCCUUCAGCUGUUCCUGCUCCAGCUCCUGCAGUGACUGCCACAACCUCUCGCUUCAGGGUGGUGAAGCUGGACUCUAACUCCGAGCCUUUUAAGAAGGGCAGGUGGACCUGCACCGAAUUCUACGACAAGGACGCGCCGACCUCUGGACCCUCCACCUCUGUAUCUGAAGCCGCAUCUCUCAGCUCACGUCAGUUCAUAACGGAGAACUUUGCCGGGGCCUCGGAGAGGGAAAGCACAAGUGGCAGUUCUGUGAGCAGCACCAUGAGUACGCUGAGCCAUUACAUUGAGAACUUGGGCAGUGGAGAGACUGGUGGGUCCUCUGUACCCCAGCAUGCCCAGGAUUAUGCCUCCCCUCCUCAGGGCUAUCAAGGAAUCAUCCCCAGUGGCCUAAGCAUGGGAGCACCUCAAUCCCAGGCUCACAUUCACACCCAGGACAUCAACCAUCCUCAUUUGAAGACUACUGCAGGCCCCUCAGCUCCCACAAACAUCCAUCAGCCUGCAGCCAUGCCAGGUCAACAGACUGCCAUCGGUGCUGUCACACCGCAGCAGCUCACCUAUGCCCAGGCGGUCGCUAAUCAACCCCCAAGCUCGUCCCAGGGCCUGGUUGGCAUUCAGCAGCAAAAGAUGGGCUACGCCACCCUUCCUCAGCAAUCGGCUGCAUCCCCGCCAGUACCCCCAUUAUCAGUUAGACCACCUGAGUACAACCAGCCACAGCAAGGUAUUCUCCAAAUUGCUGCCUCCAGCCAAGCAGGCUCAGUUGUUUCAACUAAUGGAGCUACUCAGAUGAUGGAGGGGGCUCAGCAAUCACAGGGACUCAUUCAUAAACAGGCCCCCACCUCCAGUAUGCCUCAGCAUGUUGGAGUAGCCGGCCACCCAAGCCACGUUGACGUUCAGCAGCAGCAGAAGCCGCAGUCGCUUCCGACUCAAAUUCAGAAUCCGGUCUCAAGCGCCCAGCUUCCCGCUACGGCGCAUCAGAGCCAAGCGUCUUCUUCUAGCGUGCCUCCUCCCAACGCUCACAGCGAUCAUCAGGCACAGGCGCAAGCCCUCAACGCCGCCAACAUCGGUCGAAUGCCCUCCCGGCCUUCUUCCGUCGGCCUGACGCAGGACCACAGCAGCACCCAGGCCCAGGUUCAUGCCGCCCAGGCCAGUGCCCUGUAUGCCAGUUUGCCCAGCUUCACCACCACGCAGCUGCAGGAUGCCCAGAGGCUGCUCCUUCAGCAUCAGUCUUUAUUGAAGUUGUCCGGAGGGGAGACUGGAUCAAACGCCGGCCUGGGUCAGGAAACCGAGGGCAACACCAACACCGCCAGUGCCUUAACUGCACCAGCCGGUCUCAAGACUGUAGAUGGAGAGGAUGAUGGCUCGUCCGGAGCCAGCGUGGUGGCCAUCGACAACAAGAUUGAACAAGCAAUGGAUCUGGUGAAGAGCCACCUGAUGUACGCCGUGCGUGAGGAGGUGGAGGUCCUGAAGGAGCAGAUCAAGGAGCUGAUAGAGCGAAACUCCCAGCUGGAGCAGGAGAACACGCUGCUGAAGACACUGGCCAGCCCAGAACAGAUGGCCCAGUUCCAGGCCCAGGUUCAGACUGGCUCUCCGCCCGCCCCUCAGACGGCUGCUCCAACGGGACCCCCGAGCACCGCCGCCCUCGCCCAGCCUGCCUCGCACAGCUCCGGCCCCUCAGCGUAGCCUGACGAGAUGAACUUAGCAACCUGUAGUUCUAAAGGCCCAUGACAGCCGUAGAGCCAAACGUUGCCUUCUACAGCAGGAGGUUAACGCUGUCAGGACCAGAAUUUGCACAUAUUUAUCUCUGAAAGAUGCAGGCAGCAGGAUGAGCGGCACUGCGUUUUCUCCACAGUGGACAGUGACAAUCUUACUAUGCUGUGUGUGUGUGUGUGUGGGGGGGGGGGGGGGGGGGGGGGUUGUUUUCAGAGGAUAAAUCAUCACACAUUUGCCAAAUAGCCCUAGGUCAUCAACAAGAAUGUCUUACUACAAAGAAACAGUCAGUGACAACAUUAUGCUUACUUACAGAUUUAAAAUGAAAUCCCUGUGCCUGUGUCUGGAUUUUAAGUAAUACACUGGCAGCGGAACAGCAGGUGGUGGAAGAUUGUACUGGCUGUUACCUAUUUUGCCGAAUGAUGUAAAUAAAAAGCAGUUCUCUACCAAGGCUAGAUCUUGAGAGGGGGAGAGUAGUUCUUCUCAGUGACAGAAUAAGAGUGUGAGCUAUUAUUAUCAUGUCAAAGCACCCAUCUGGAAUGGGGGAGGGGAUGGGAGGUUAUUCUGAACAACGCUCGGCAGCAUUGAUGAUGUUACGCAAACUGGGUUGGUGGCAUGAACAAAACGUGGUUUCUUAUGAAGAUGACGAUAGAUCUAUUUUCAGUAUUUCCCUUUCAGGCUCAUUAUUUCGCCCUCGACGUAGCUCAUUGUUGCCGUUUCCUCGUCCCUGUCCUGGCACAUUGCUUCAGCCUCCUUUGACAGGGUUGACACUUUGGGCUAAGCUGCAUUUUGUUUCUGUGUAUUUUUUUGUUUGUUUGUUUUUUUCCUAGAAAUUCAUUGGGCAGAAGUCGAUGUACAUUUCUGUAUAGUGUAAGUACAAUGUAAAAAAAAAACAAAAAACGAAGAGAGGAAGGAAAAACAGAUGCUAUCUAGGUCAUGCAGGUUGAUGCGGUUGAGUCUGUGUCAUCCAUCUUUAAUGCUGUAAUUUCUGGACUUUGGAACCAAAAGGAGGUUUAGGUUAUUUAACGGACAACAUCCAACGAUGUUGUCCUUCUCUCGUACUGCAACAUUAACUUUGACUGUAAACAGUUUCUCAUUGCUCUUUUUCUUAAGUAUUGCACCUUGUUUUAUUGGGUUUUUUUUGACAGUGGAACACUUUUGGAUCUGAAAAGGCAAACUUAGGGGAAAAACAAAGAAACAAGCUCUGAAGAUGUUUGUUUUCCAUUCUGUGUAUCAGUUGUACGCCCAUGUUCUGUGCAUGUUUCUUCAAAGACCGGAUAACAAAAUACCUUCAAUUACACUUGACAGCUGCACUUCACAACUUUCAAUAAACCUGCUUAAGAGUA